AUGAGAGACUCAGGCACUGUGGACCCCCAUCUGCAUCAGCGCUCGCCCGUUUCCCACCGGCAGCAGGGGUCCAGGUCCCUCUCGCCACACGAGUUUGGUGAGCGGUUCUCCGAGGGCCAGGAUGUCCUCGCCCGCUGGACCGACGGACUCUUCUACCUGGGGACUGUCACAAAGAUCGAUCAUGAAAAGCAGCGAUGCUUUAUUGUGUUUGAAGAUCGGUCCAAGUCCUGGGUGCUCUGGAAGGACAUCCAGACAGGUAUGGGUGACGAAGACGACGAUGAUGAGGAGGACGAGGAUAUAGUGUGCUCCAUUUGUCAGGAUGAGACGUCCGACGAGCCCAAUGAGAUCGUCAUAUGUGACCAGUGCGGACAAGGUUACCAUCAGCUGUGCCACACCCCCAUCAUCGACGCCGCCGUCAUCGACUCUGACGCCAAGUGGCUCUGCUCCGAGUGCUUAUCUAAGCGGUCUGGCUCGCAUCGCAGAAUAGCCACGCGGUACCAUGAGCCCGAGCCCGAGGAGAUGGAUCACUCUGGUCUGCAUCUGUCUUUCCCGUACAACCCCAACGAUCUGGUGUGGAACCCGGGCCACAAGACCAACAUGCAGCAGUGCUACUGCUACUGCGGCGGCCAGGGCGACUGGUAUCUGAAGAUGAUGCAGUGCAGCAGAUGUCUGCAGUGGUUCCACGAGGACUGUCUCCACAGUUUACAAAUGCCCAUGCUCUACGGAGACCGGUUUUAUCUGUUUGUGUGCUCUGUCUGUAAUCGUGGACCGGAAUACCUCACUCGACUGCCUCUCACGUGGGAGGAUGUGACUCACCUCAGCCUCUACAACCUCAGCGUCAUCCACAAGAAGAAGUAUUUUGACUCACAGUUGGACCUGAUGGUCUACAUCAAUGACAACUGGGACCUGCUGCAGCUUGGAGAGCUGGCUCAUACUCUCAUAUCCGAGCGAUUUGAGUAUGUUUUGGAGGCGCUCAACAACAACCCCAGCAUGUUCAUGUCCGGGAAAGAGGUGAAGAAGAAGAAGCACUGGUACGCCCUGAGGAUCCGCUUCCCGCCGUCUCCCCCCAACGCCGACGAGCCUGCGGGACGCAUGAUGGAGAGGGCCUCGCACGAGAUCACCAUCAAGGGCUGCCGGUCUGCGAAGAGCCUGUCCAACGCCAGAGACGUUCACUCGUUAACAAAUGGCACAGAGAAGAAGAAAAAGAAAAAGAAGAAAAAGAGGAAGCAGGAGGCGGAGUGUGUGGAGCCGCGGCCCCAGCGCUCCAGCGCACACUUGUCCCAGGAAAUGAGAAAGCCUUUAGAGUCUCACUCAAGGGAUCGAUUCCCUGCUAUCAAGAGUGACCGGCCUCUGAGUCGAACGUCAGACGUGGAAUCUAUAGGAGCCUUGAGCACCUCAGAAACUACCUCAACUAGCAUUUCAAGACCAUCGAGCCUCUGUGGUUCUAACCGGACUCGCCCUGCGCCCUCGUGCUUCGCACCCCUCGGCUCAGCUCCGUUAAAGAGGAAGCGCGGUCGUCCCAGGAGAAGUGCGCCACCCGCCAGCCUCGACAUCCCUCCACCCAGCGACGCCGACCCUCUGCCGGGCAGCACCGAGCUGCUCAGCCCCCUCCACGGCCUCCACUCCACGGACAUAAUCCACGGCAUGGACCCCAACAGCCAAAUGACCCACCUCCGCAGCUCCAUCAGCAGCUACUUCGGCCCCGCGGGACGCCUGGCCUGCGGGGAGCGGUACAAGGUGCUGGCGCGCCGGGUCACGCUGGACGGCAGGGUGCAGUACCUGGUGGAGUGGGAGGGAGUCACUGCUUCAUAA